AUGAGAACGACUAGUGGUUUCGCACAGCUUGCGCUGGUGAACUCCUUGGCAGCGGCACACCCUGCAUUCCGAGGCCUAAUCUUGGACAAAAGGGAUGAUCUACUUUCCAGUUACGACUAUGUGAUCGUAGGAGCUGGCGCGAGCGGACUUACCGUAGCAAACCGUCUCACUGAAGAUGCUGCAACAACCGUACUGGUUAUAGAAGCCGGUCAACUUGAUAAGGGAGAAGAUAUCGUCACAAUUCCCGGUCUUGCUGGAGGUGCGGUCGGUACUCAAUAUGACUGGAAUAUUUCCUAUGUCCCUACAGAAUUCGUUGCCGGCCGUGCAAUCUCUUGCCCUUUGGGUAAGGUAGUUGGUGGCUCAACGAAGCUUAACCGCAUGGUGUUCGACCGUGGCUCCAAGUCCGAUUAUGACAGAUGGGAAGAGCUUGGGAACAAAGGCUGGGGAUGGGAUGCAUUGCUACCUUAUUUUAAGAAGAACGAGAUCUUCACACCUCCGAACGACUACAUUGUUUCUGAGUACAAUGUCACAUAUGAUCCUACAGCUCACGGCUUUGAGGGGUACAUGAAUGUGAGCUAUUCACCAUUCGUUUGGCCAACUACUAAGAACUUUGUGGAUGCCACGAAAGAAGUUGGCAUCUCAAUUGCGGAGGACCAAGCCAAUGGCAAUGCGAUUGGAGGCUAUUACUGCCCUCAUAACCAAAAUCCCGAGACUGCGACAAGAUCGUCGGCCAGAGAAGCGUACUAUGAUACAGUAGCUGGGCGAUCAAAUCUUCAUUUGAUCACCGGACAACAAGUUACCCGUAUCAUCAUAGAUACUACUCAAGACACCCUUGUCGUUACAGGUGUAGAGUAUGCAGCCAACGCCAACUCGUCAAAGUCGAUAAUUACAUUAAAUAAGGAAGCCAUUUUGGCGGCAGGGGCAUUACACACUCCCCAAAUUUUACAGGUUUCAGGCAUAGGCGAUUCUGCACACCUUGCCAGCAUCAACGUGAAAACCGUAGUCGAUCUGCCGGCUGUUGGCCAGAAUUUUCAAGACCACGUUCUGUUGGCAGUGGUCAACGCAAUCACCGCUCCUCUCACAUCCAGCAACCUAACCACAAACGCAACGUACGCAGCCGAAUCACGUGCACAAUACGAUACCGAGGGAACAGGGCCAUAUUCAAGCGCUACUGGUGAUUUCUUGGUCUUCCUUCCGUUGCAAAAUUUUACCCAGAAAUGGGAUGCCAUAUCUGCCAGUGCGGCGGCUCAGAAUGCGGCAGCCUAUCUCCCUAACAACACAACUCCUGAGGUACUCGAAGGUUACAAGCAACAGCAUGAUGUCUUGGACACAAAACUUUCCACAACCAACUCCGCUAUUCUCGAACUCAUUUGGGCAGAUGGUGCGGUUGUUCUUGGUCUCGAGCAUCCAUACUCGCGCGGAAGCGUACAAGCUGCAUCUGCAAGUGUCUUCGACGCUCCCCUCGCUGACCCUGGUUUUCUAAGCAACCCCCUGGAUGUUCAGAUUCUCGUUGAGGCCGUCAAGUACGUCCGGACACUGGCGCAAGCCAAAGCGCUUGCAUUUCUUCGGCCGUUCGAGGUUCUGCCUGGCGCAAAUGUGACAAGUGACGAAGACAUCUCGAACUUUAUACGAUCGACCGCGGCCACACUCUACCACCCAGUAGGUAGCUGCAAGUUAGGCGCAAGAGAGUUGGGCGGCGUAGUUGAUGAGGAGCUCAAAGUGUAUGGCGUUGAUGGCCUCCGAAUCGUGGACGCCAGUGUCGUACCGCUCUUACCAGCGACCCACACCAUGACUACGGUUUAUGCAGUAGCAGAGAAGGCUGCCGAUAUCAUACGGGGUCUAACUUAA